AUGUUCGGCCAGUCCUCAAAGCGCCCACGCGACGACGACCGUGAGUCGGCGCACUUCGCCCAUGGCCCCAAGAGGCUCUGUCCGCCAUGGUACCCUGUUCCUGACGCGCAACCGGAGUCUGCCGCCGACCUUGGCCAGUCGCUGCGCUUUCGCGCGCCCACGCUGACCCCGGCCGACUCCUCGGAGGAAGAGGAAGAGGGAACCACAAACGGAGGCGCGGCGGCCGUCUACGGGGGCAGCCCGACCACGGCCAGGCUAGCGUAUGGCCCUCGCCCGCCGAUGCUGCAUCUGAGCGUGGAUGCCAAUACAGCGAAGCAGCAGCUCGCAGUCUUGGCCGGCGGCGACAACCUUUCGCCUUGGCACGUUGACUCACAGCCCGGCAGCCUUCAGCCCUCGCCAAUCCCGCACCAGCUGGUCAACCAGUCCCUGACCAUCAACGGCGUCCCGACGGCCACGCCGCCGCUGGGAUACUUCCCGGCCGUGGCGACGCCGCCCGCGAAUGCGCCCCUGCAGGAUCAGAUCAUGAUGGAGGGCGCGGCAUGCAACAGAGAAGCCCAGGCACCCAUGGACCGGCUCCCCAGCCCGGUCAGUGACAAUGACGACGCGAUUAUGGGUGAUCCCGGGAAUACGGGUGACGCAGACACGGAGAUGGGAGACUGCCCGGCACCAAGCUUCUCCCAACUCGCCCCGCCGGCACUUGCGGCAGAACUCGCGAACCUAUACCAGCAGGCUCCUCCCCCUAUCACGGAUCAUUACCAUUCUUCCACGUGCAAUGCAGUUCCACGCCGGCGGUCUCCCCUCGUCAUGGGCUACCGCGCAGGCUGCAACAAGUGUCAGUGUAAGGCCCCCGGGCACUAUAGCCACAUCCGCCGCGCUUGA